GGACCCACCCUUCUUCCACCUCCAGUCAACCAUGGAUGAGCAAAGGGCGAAGGUGAACAAGGGCGGGCGAAGGAGAGCGUUGGCCCCCGCGCGUCCGCCCCCUGCGAUAUCUGUCGCCGCUGCCCUCCAUCCCGGCCCCUCACGUCGCUGGCUCUGCUUGCUCGCGUUCCGCUACUCCCAGAUCGCCGCCUGCUCAUACGAGUCCGGGGAGGCUCGAGCGAGAAGCUGGGUGGGAGCUAGCUCGACAUCGAUAGGUUCGCCUUCCAAGGCAACGUGGGCGGGGGCGGGGCGGGCUCAGGGGCGUCCGGCGGCGCGGACGGGAACAGGGCGCUUGAUCGGGCCAUCAACACGAUCGUCGUGCUCGGGCCAGCACCUACGCGCUCAGUCGCUCACCAAGCUCCUCACCAUCGACCAGGACUACUGGCAUGGGUUGACGAUGUUUGAGAUCCUUCGGUACAUGCCUCAGCACAACUGGUCGACAUACGAGGAGGCCCUCAAGGCAAACCCGGUUCUGGCCAAGAUGAUGAUCAGUGGCGUCGUCUACUCCGGUGAUUGGAUCGCGCAGUUCGGGUCAAGUGCUUCGGGAGUGCGAGAGCGGCGAGACCGGCGAGAGCCUGCCCGGCAGGAGCGUGCUGGGCUCCUCGGUAGAGGAGACUCCGAAGGUAGAAGAUAAGUUGGUCCCACCGGUCGUAGAGAUAGAGGAAGGAUCGAGCAACGUACUGGGAAUGGUAAUACCAGAUGUAGUGACAGUGUGGUCCUUUCAUGCAGCCGAUCCACACUAGCACGAGGACGUGGCUUGCCACGUCAGAAAAAUUGUAAAUAUGUUGUUAAAUUCUCUAUCCCGUGAUAAAUAUGUAGGGUUCCUUCUAA